GCACUCCGCAAGCAUGUUGAGAAACGUGGCAAACCCGGAGCAGGACUUUGCUACGAGGGCGAUUUGAUAUGUGGCAGACACCUAGCCCUACAACUAGAGUUUGUGGGUGAGGGUGAUGCAGUCACGCUGAUAUGCUCGACUUUGUCUGGCGAAGAACGUUUUCGUUUGACCGUAGAGGGCGUUGAUUCGGCCUGGGAGACGCACAAAAGGAUUGCCCGUGACAUGAAUGUGAACCUCCCAAAUCUGCAGCUCGUUUUGCCAGAUGGGCAGUUGGUGGCCAAAGUCCGCCGUGCAAAUCCAGGGGCCUCAGUUGCUGAGGUGAGUCAAAGGACUCAGAACCUGCAGCUCGCAUAG